CUCAGUCAUUACGACAGCUUCAUCGUUCUAUUUUCAAAACCUCUGCCAUCUCGCAACUGCGAAGAAAGCCUAAGUUACUCAAGAACUAUGUCUAGGUUUAUCAAUCCUUCAAAGAAGGGUCAUCUUCUGCCACCGCAAGCAUUACUUGACGACAUUUGCAGUCGAUUUAUUCUGAAUGUUCCAAACGAAGAUCUACAGUCUUUUGAAAGGAUUAUGUUUCUGGUUGAGUAUGCCCAUUGGUUUUACGAAGACAAUUUGGUUGAAAACGAUCCAUCACUGAAAUCUUUCACUCUCAAGGAAUUCACUUCUCUAUUAUUCAACAGUUGUGACGCUUUCAAACCAUAUGCUGCCCAUGUAGAUGACAUCUUCCAGGACUUCAUCUCAUAUAAGGUUCGAGUUCCUGUUGCAGGGGCCAUAAUCCUGGACGAAACUUAUGAGCGGUGCUUGCUAGUGAAGGGCUGGAAAGGAUCAUCAAACUGGAGUUUCCCUCGUGGGAAAAAGAACCAGGAUGAAGAAGAUGAUGCAUGUGCUGUUAGAGAGGUUUUCGAGGAAACCGGGUUUGAAGUGUCUAAACUUCUUAAAAAAGAAGAGUACGUUGAGAUGGUUUUUGAUGAGCAAAGGGUUCGGCUCUACAUAAUUGAUGGAGUGAAAGAUGAUACAGUCUUUGCACCGCUCACGAAAAAGGAGAUUAGUGAAAUUGCGUGGCACCAGCUUGAUGAGCUCCAGUCAGGAUUUGGUGAUGUCACGUCUCGGACUUCUAGCGGCCUCAGACUUUAUAUGGUUGCUCCGUUUUUGAAGUCUUUAAAAGCAUGGAUUUCUGCCCACCAACCUCCAGUAGCACCUAGACCUCACAGAUCCUCGAAAGGAUGCAGCGUGUGGAGGGCCACAGGCCAAACUAGAACAAUUUUUCAAGGGGGGCUAAAGCAUAAAGAGUGUGCUGUUUGGUGAUUAGUUGUUAGCGGCUAGUUAGUUGAAUUAACUGUUUUGACUAGUACGUUGGUGGAUUUAGCGGUUUUGACUAACGAAUUGAGUUAGCUGAUUUUCCUUCUGUUUGGUAGGAUUAGAUGUUUGUGAUUACUUGAGGGAAUGCAAAGAUUAAAAGUAUGUAUGAAUUUAUUCAACAUGUUCCUUUUAUUAAUUACGUAGUACGUAUUCAAAAGUUGAAAGUGUUAUAGUUAGAAUUUUUGGGUUAAAUGUUAAUAUCAUCAUCUCACCUCUUAUUUUCUCUACUGGG